UUUGCUGAGACUUUCUAUGUUUCCAUUUGUUUCAAAAGAGUUUGCCCUUACUUCUUGGAGCAAUCUUAUAAUAGCUGCUUGAAAGCCUUUUUCAGAUACCUGUGUCAUCUUGGCAUUGGUGUCUGUUGAUUUUCUUUUCCCAUGUGAGUUGAGAUUUUUCUGUUUUUUAUGUACCUUGAAAUUUUGGAUUGUAUCCUGGACACUUUGAAUAUCAUGGUAUAAAAUGCUGGAUCUUGUGUAAAUCCUAUGAUGAACGUUGAUAUUUUUCUUUUAGCAGGCAGGUAACACAGUUGGGCUCAGGCUAAAAAUUCUGACCAGCCUUCUGUGGACUUGGUUUCUCAAAAACUUGGCAGUACUGUUUGGAUAUGCCCUGUGUAGAAAGUCUUUGCCCUCAAAUUGGCUGGAUCGAAAUUGAUCCUGAUGUUCUCUGGCUUCAAUUUGUUGCUGUAAUAAAAGAAUCUGUCAAAGCUGCUGAAAUAGAGAUGACUCAGAUUGUUGGUCUUGGCAUUUCCACACAGAGAGCAACCUUUAUUACGUGGAACAAGAAAACAGGAAAUCAUUUUCACAACUUCAUUUGUUGGCAAGACCUAAGAGCUACUGAACUUGUGAAAUCUUGGAAUAGUUCUCUUAUAAUGAAGCUAAUACACAGUUCCUGCCGAAUGCUUCACUUUUUCACUAGAAGUAAACGAUUUUUAGCAGCCAGUUUGCUCACUUUCACAACCCAGCAUGUUUCUUUGAGAUUGGCCUGGAUUUUACAGAACCUGGUUGAGGUGCAAAAGGCAAUUGAGGAAGAAAAUUGCUGCUUUGGAACUGUUGAUACCUGGUUGUUACAUAAGCUCACAAAAGGUUCUGCAUAUGCCACGGAUUUUUCAAAUGCCAGUACAACUGGACUUUUUGACCCAUAUGAGAUGUGUUGGAGCAGCUUCAUUACUUCCCUGCUUUCGAUACCACUCUCUCUCCUGCCUCCCGUGAGGGAUACAAGCUUCAAUUUUGGAUCAGUGGAUGAAGAGAUAUUUGGUGUGCCUAUACCUAUAAUGGCCUUGGUGGCUGACCAGCAGGCUGCCAUGUUUGGAGAGUGCUGCUUCCAGACCGGAGACGUGAAGCUGACCAUGGGCACCGGGACGUUUCUGGACAUCAAUACUGGAAACAGCCCUCAACAGAAUAUUGGAGGCUUUUAUCCAUUAAUUGGGUGGAAGAUUGGACAAGAGGUUGUAUGCUUAGCUGAAGGCAAUGCAGGAGACACGGGUACUGCCAUAAAAUGGGCCCAGCAGUUAGAGCUCUUCACAGAUGCUGCCGAGACAGAAAAAAUGGCCAAAAGUUUGGAAGAUUCUGAAGGAGUUUAUUUUGUUCCGUGUUUUAGUGGAUUGCAGGCUCCAUUAAAUGACCCCUGUGCCUGUGCCUCUUUCAUGGGUUUGAAGCCUUCCACUAGUAAACAUCAUCUUGUUCGGGCAAUAUUGGAGUCCAUUGCUUUCAGAAACAAACAGUUAUAUGAGGUGAUGCAGAAAGAGAUCCAUAUUCCUGUUAGAAAAAUCCGAGCAGAUGGAGGCGUUUGUAAGAACAGUUUUGUCAUGCAGAUGACUUCAGACCUGAUCAAUGAGAAUAUAGACAGGCCCAUGCACCUGGAUAUGUCCUGCCUUGGCGCAGCCUCUCUAGCCGGCCUUGCUGUCGGGUUUUGGACUGACAAAGAGGAACUAAAGAAGCUGAGACGAAGUGAAGUGGUGUUCAAGCCGCAGAAGAAAUGGCAGGACUACGAAGUGAGCAUGGAGCGCUGGGUGCGAGCGGUGAGGCGCUCCAUGCACUGGUACAACGAAGCCUAGCGCGGGGCGCCCGGCUCGGCCAGUGCAGCGCUGGCACCGCACACGCGAACUGAACUUGGAACCGGAGAGAAAAAGCAUUGCCUUUUUGAAAACAACAACAAACAAAAAUUUUAAAUCCCUCAUGUUUUUGUUUACCCAAACCUUGGAAAGAUUCUAAGGCAGCAAGACCUCAAAACUUUGUAUCUUCUGUUUUGAAGCAAAAUUCCAAAGGACAUUAGCUAUUAGGAGUUAUAUUUUCGCAGUUCUGAGUCUUCCUUUUUAAAUACCAGGUCUGUGGUUUGUAUGAACAUGAUUGUUUACUGUCCAGAUCCACAGUUCUGGGUCAAGACCAUUCACGUUUUGCUCCAAAAUUAUAUGAAAAGUGUUCCUUUAUU